UGUAUCCAAGGGGCCAGAUCGACAGAGAAGGAGACAGACAGCCUGAUAACUGGGACCAAACACAACCAUCGCCACCACCACCAUCUCAGCACUGCUCUGGAGGAAGAUAAGGCUAAUCACAGGGACAGCACUGUGAAGAUCUGAGCUCAUCUCUGGUGUGGAACACAGACACAUUGCAAACAUGACCCUAGCAGCAUACAGAGAGAAGUUGAAAGAGCUCCCCCUAGUGUCUCUGUUCUGCUCCUGCAUCAACCCUCAGACCAUCGACUGUAAGCCCACAUACAAAGCAGAAGAUGCGGUGGAUCUGGGCUGGUGUGUGAUAAAGGACGUGGAGGUGAUAGAGUUGAACAAGCGUGCGUCGGGCCAGGCCUUUGAGGUCAUCCUGAAGCCCCCGUCGUUCGAUGGCGUCCCAGAGCUCAACUCUACCAUGCCCCAACGCAGGGAACUCUCCAUGGAGGAGAUCCAGAAGAAACUAGAGGCUGCAGAGGAGAGGAGGAAGUGCCAGGAGGCUGAGCUGCUGAAGCACCUGGCAGAGAAGAGAGAGCACGAGAGAGAAGUGAUCCAGAAGGCCUUUGAGGAGAACAACAACUUCAUCAAGAACGCCAAGGAGAAGCUGGAGCAGAAGAUGGAGGCCAACAAGGAGAACAGAGAGGCUCUGCUGGCGGCCAUGUUGGAACGACUGCAGGAGAAGGACAAACAUGCAGAAGAGGUGAGGAAAAAGGUACUAGCUUUGGCAGAUGCGGUGGAUCUGGACUGGUGUGUGAUAAAGGACGUGGAGGUGAUAGAGUUGAACAAGCGUGCGUCGGGCCAGGCCUUUGAGGUCAUCCUGAAGCCCCCGUCGUUCGAUGGCGUCCCAGAGCUCAACGCUACCAUGCCCCAACGCAGGGAACUCUCCAUGGAAGAGAUCCAGAAGAAACUAGAGGCUGCAGAGGAGCGGAGGAAGUGCCAGGAGGCUGAGCUGCUGAAGCACCUGGCAGAGAAGAGAGAGCACGGGAGAGAAGUGAUCCAGAAGGCCUUUGAGGAGAACAACAACUUCAUCAAGAACGCCAAGGAGAAGCUGGAGCAGAAGAUGGAGGCCAACAAGGAGAACAGAGAGGCUCUGCUGGCGGCCAUGUUGGAACGACUGCAGGAGAAGGACAAACACGCAUUAGAGGUGCGGAAGAAAAAGGAGGAAGCCUGCCUGUAGACGAGUGGAAAGAUGGAAGGAGAGAGAACGGAGGACUGGUUUAGUGUCAUUAAAAAAACAAGAGAUCAAGACAGUGAGAAAAAAAGGAAAACUAAAGAACGUCAGAGCGAUGAAAACAGGAGUUGAUGUAUGCGGCAACGAUUUGGAACAAACGCACAAACCAAAAAACAGUUUCUUCUGGGGGCAUUUGACUACAUACAAAACGAAAACAUUGUGACGAAAUGA